AUGGGCGAGUUUGACGUGGAGCGAGUCUUAUGGGAUACCGACAGCACGAUCAACGUUCUAUUCUGGCAGACAUUAGAGAAAAUGGGCGUGACACCGGAGCAAAUCAAACCAGAGUCCAGGACGCUGACCGGAUACGACGGUGUGGCCAAAAUGUCAAUGGGCGAUGUGAAGUUGCAAGUCCGCGCUGGCGGAGUGACGCGCAAGACCAUGUUCGUGGUCAUAGAUGUACCGCCAAUUUACAACGCCAUUUUGGGUUCUCCCUGGAUUUACUCGAUGCGGCCAGUACCGUCCACUUAUCACCUCUGCGUUAAAUUUCUGACUGCCACUGGGAUUUACACGCUCUAUGGCGAUCAAAAGAUGGCCAGAACCUGCUCUGUUCUCGAGAAAAAGCAACAGCGGAAAGAGGACGCCGCAUAG